GUAACAACGAUCACACUCGUUUGUUUAUUGCGAAGACGGGAGGACGUUGUCGUCGUGGCACUCGUACAGUCCGCAGAGUGAGAGAGCGAAACGCAAACGCGAAAAACGAAAAGCUAGCAGCCACAGCAGAAUAGUAGUGUUAUUUUGUUACCUUUUUUUGUUGGUGUUUUUUGAAAUACCAAAACCCGCGUCACCCUUGGCUGUCACGUGUCUGUGUGUGUGUGUGUGGAGACGGAGACCCACAUAGAAUUGUUACACCUUGAAGUGAAUACAGAAUACAGAUUGCAAAAUAGCAAGCGACAAAUGUUUGAGCGGUUCAUCCAGAAAAUUGGUUAUAGUUUUUUUUUUGUUCGUAACCCAUCUGGAUUCAAAUCAUUGAAAAUCAUGCAGCAGCAGCAGCAGAAGUCGCAGUUUGUUUUGUCUAUUGGGAUGAAAUAAACAACAACAAAACCAGUAUCGAAAUCCCUUUGCGAGUGAAGUGAGAACAAAAACGAGCAACGCUUUAACAAGAGGCGAAACAAAGAGAGAAUAAAAGAAAGAUAACAACAGAGAGCGUGCCACAUCCGCGUCAUGUCGGACGAGGAUGUGCAGAUCACCAGCGUCGUGGACGCCAACGGUCAAUCACUGCCGCUGCAAGGCAACAGCCUGGGCGGCACCCCUGGCACCGUCAAACAGGAGCGCCCUGACGAUGCCGAAAUCCGUGAGCUGGCCGCCAAAAUGAAGGAGCAACAGAAGCAUCAGGCCGCCGCGCUGGCCAGCCGCCAGGCCAUGCAGCACUCUAAUGGCGCCGGCUCAGGCGGCGGAGCCAUGCAGCCGCCCGUCACCAACGGCAAUGGACAGACGAACAUCAUGAGCUACUUGUCACGCCACCAGAAGCUGCCCAACGGCACCAUGCAGGUGGUGCCCGCCCUGGCACCCAACGGACAGCGGGCCAACGGCUCGGUGCUGAUACAGAACCAGGCCGCUGGCGCAGGCGAAGCCACUGAGAAGAAAUCCUCCUCGGGCGGGCCAUGUGACGAGGAGUCGGUCAUGGGCCGCUUCGGUUGGGCACAGUUCGGCAAGGUCUCCAUCCCAUACAUCUACCGGCAGACGGAGAAGUACUGCUCGGUGCGCAUGAUCGAGCUGAAGCUGCUCGGCAAGUACCUCAACUGCUUGCAUCCGGACAUCUACUCGAGCUGCACGUGCGUGCGCAGCUACUACAUCACCGAUGCGGAGGCGCGACUGUUCAUCGAGGUGAACCACAAGCACUGCGACGGCGAGUUCGGUCGCGACAUAUUCACGCAAAAGGAUCUGGUGGUGCGGCUUGGCGACGCCUCCAAGUUCUUCCAGUUCCUGGACAUUUGCUAUCGCAAGCUGGUGACCGGCAGCAAGACGCCCUCGGAGAAGUGUGGCUUCAUCCGGAUCAACAAGGAGUCCGUCGUCCCCUACACGGUGCGCAACAAUCAGCAGGUGGUGCCGCUCUUCUACUUCGAGGGCGAAACGGAGAACCUCAAGACCAAGGCGGAGCUGCUCAAUGGCUGGGAUCUGGCCUACCUCAAGUUCUGCUGCAAGGUCCAGGGCAUUCGCAACGAGCUCUUCUCCAGCGAGAAUGUCGCCGUCAUCUCGCUGACGGACAUCAAGAGCUACUUCCCCAAUGGCACCGAAUUCGAGGACUACUGGCCCAGCAAGGUCGUUGACUCCAAUCUGCUCAUUGGCAAUCGGGCGAAUGUUAACAAUUCUGUUAACUGGACCCGCCAACCCUCCGCCCCACCUCCAAAGAUCACGACCACUGUGAACACCAACUCCUCGAGCAACGCCGGCACGGCCGUCAACAACUCCGCCAAUAGUGGCGGUGGCAGCGCUGCUGGCGGCGGUGGCGGGGGUGUAGGCGCACAAAAGUCCCAGCAGCACAGCUCAGGCGUGACAACAGCUGCCGCACAGCAGCUGAUAAAGCAACGCGCUGCAGCGGCAGCCAACGCCAAUGGCGUCUCAAAUGCCAGCGGAUUCGGCGCCUCGCAGGCAGCGGCAGCAGCAGCGGCCGCCUUCAAUACCCAGGCAGUGGCUGCGGCGGCGUCAGCCGCGUCACAUAUGAUGCAGCAGUCAGCGGGCAACAACCGCAUGCUCUCGCAGGCCACGGUGCAGGCGCUGGCCAACAGCGGCUGGAUGUCGGGACAAACUAACAUGCAGCUGCAUGCCCAAAUGAUUGCUCAACAGUCGCAUGUGGCGAACGCGAAUCGUGUGGGCAGCUAUCGCGAGCACAUGAACAACCUGAUGAUGAGUGGUAGCAGCCGUCAGCCGUAUUCCUACAACAAUCCUGCGAUCUCCAUGUCCUCGGUGAACAGUCACAAUGCCAGCGGUGGGGGCAAUGCCCCACCCCCAUUGGUGCGCUCCGCAGCCGGCCAGAAUGCCAAUCACAUGUCGAAUGUCGAGCAAUCACUGGUGCAACAACAACAACAACAGCAACAACAACAACAGCAACAAAAGACUCAACAACAACAACAACAACGACACCAACCACACCAAAACAGCACAUUCAACAACAACCACGUACAACAACAACAACAACAACAACAUCACAGUCAAAACCACCAACAAACACACCAACAGAACAAGAACACCCACAACAACACGCACAACAACAACAGUAACACCAACAGCAACAACAACAACAGUACCUACAAUCAUUCCGCCGGCCACGCUCUUGCGAAAAGCCUCAGCAGCGGCGGAAACAAGAAAAGUAACUCCUCCUCCUCCAACACCAACACCAACUCCUGCGCCUCCACCAACACCAACACCAACACCAACGCCAACGCAUCCCAAUCGGCCGCUGCCAUGGCAGCCGCUGCUGGCUAUGUCCAGGCCCUGUUCGGUGGCGGCGGCAACACGGGCAACUCCUUCAACUACAACCUGCCAUCAACGAGGGCGGACUACACGAAUCUGGCCGUGUGGAAUCGGCUGACGCCCGCCCAGCGGUUGCUCUUCAGUCAGCAGCUAAAGGGUUGCACCAGCGGAGGCGCCGCCAAUGCCGCCAGUGUUGGCUCUCAUCCAGUCAUCGCAGGAGGAGUUGGUGCAGGCAGCUCAGGCUUGGGACAGAAGAACUUUCCGACGCUGCCUUCCCUGCCGCUGGACACGGAUCUCAUCACGAUGCUGGACUACAACAAUCCCAACAAAUCGGCCAGCAAGAGCUCCAAGACGGGGAGUGGCAGCAGCAGCGGCAGCGGCAGCGGCAGUGGAGUGACCUUUACGAAGCCGAAUGUCCCACCACUGAUACCAGAUGGCGGACUUGGAGUCGGAGCUGAGCAGAUGAGCACCGGCAAAAGUCGCAGAGGAGGAGGAGGAGGAGGCGGUGGCGGUGGCGAUGGCUCCGGUGGGGCCACCACCAUAUCCCUAAACUCCACCCAGGCGCUGGAGGACUUUGAGAAGAAGCUGAAAAUGACGGACGAGAUGCGUGCCGUCAUACAGAAGGUUCUGGCCAAUCCCGAUCUCUCCACGUUCAUCCAGACGAAUGCGGCGGCAGCAUCCAAUCAUGGUCAGGGUCAUCUGGUGCCCUCCUACAUAUCGCCGCCCAUGUCCCCAUCGGUGGGCGUGGGUCUGGGCGGUGCGCUGGCGGGCAUUGCCGGUGUGACCACCCUGUCGCUGGCCUCCAAUCCAAAUGUGACCAUCACGCCCCAGCUGCCGGGCCACUUUCUGCACUCACCCUCCAGCUCAUGUUCCAGCUCAAGUGCCUCCACCACGGCCGCCUCGCCGCUGGGCAAUGGUCAGGCUGCGUCCGGUGGUGUGCCAGGAGGUGCCGCCGGCGGCGGUGGUGGCGGCGGUGGCGGCAAGGGCGGUGUGGGGCGACAGAAGAGCGUCAUCUGCUCGACCAAAUCGAACAAUCUGCCCAUGGCCAUACUCUCGCUCUCGCCGCAGAGCAGUGCCAGCGGUCGUCGCGGGGGUUCUGUCAAUUACGGGCGUCAGACACACAGCCACAGUCAUGGCCACAGUCACAGUCACAGUCAUAGCCAUAGCCAUAGCCACCAUCAUCAUCACAGCCAUUCACAACACACCCAUCCCACACACUCGCCACAGUUUAGUAGUAAUAAUUCUAGUAGCAAUAGUAGUAGCCACUAUCAGCAGGAUGGGAAGAGUCCGAAUCCUGGUGCUGGCAGUCGAACCACACCCACUGACGUUAUCGAUUUGUCCUCUUCCCGAAGGUCUCUGGCAGCGUCAGCGGCCUACCUGCAGCAGCAUCAGCAGGCGGCUGUCGCGCAGCAGCGCAUGGCAGCGGUGGCCGCUCAUCAUGCGCAGCAGAAUGGACGCAGCUCCUCGAAUGCCAGCGGCGGUGGCGGCGGUGGCGGCGGUGGCGGCGGAGGCGGUGGCGGCAGCACCGGCAGCACCGGCGGCAGCAGCAGCGGCAGUAACUCGUCCUCGGGCUCAGCGUCGGCGAACAGCGCCUCUCUGCACCUGCAACGCCAUGCGGCGCUGGCCCAUGCGGCGGCUGCCGCCAUUGCGGACGGUGCACAGCGGCUGUGCGUGAUACCAGAGAUACCCACAAACAACAUGAACCUGCAUCCGUACAAGAUACAGAAGGUGUGCGUGGACAAGCAUCUGGUGCCGUGCAUCAACAUGAAGGCCUACAACGACUCCGAGCAGCUGAUGACACUCAUUGAGUUCCAGAAGAACUUUUUCCCCUCCGUGCCGCUCGAGCACUGCAAGCGUCUGAUCGAGGCACUCGGCGUGGAGUUGUACAAGGCGAACCGGCGACAAGUGCAGAUCCUCAUGGAGUACGAUCGAACGGAGUACACGGAGAAUAUGCCGCUUGUGCAGGUGCGCGACAUUAUCAAGUAUAUGACGCAGUUGACAUUCAUGACACGACAGUCGGAGCAGCCGCCAGCUAAGCGGACGCGAACGAGCUAGGAUUUAAGCUGGGGAGCACAACAUUUUACACCAACAACAAACACAACAAGUACCACAACAUCAACAACAGCAGCAGCAGCCACAGCCAACACAACAACAAGAGCAACAGUAACAGAAGCAGAAGCAGCGACAGUGGCAGCGACGCCACUGCGUAGAAGAGCCUUAACGCCGCCGCACAAUCUGAGCAGCGAUGGGCUGCUAGUGAAGCGAAAGACGAGUGCAGCCUUAGCACCGCCACCAGCACCACAGCAGCAGCAACAGCAACAGCAACAGCAGAAGCAACACCACCAAAACCACCAACCGGCACACCAACACUUUCAGUCACAGCAGCAGCAGCAGCAACAGCAGCAGCAGCGAACACAACACAACAACAGCAACACAUACGAAAUGUUGUACUCCCACAACCAACACCAACACCCGCACCAACCGCAACCGCAUCCGCAACCGCAACACCACCAACAACAGCAGCAACAUGCGAAGCAGCAGCAGCAACAUGCUGAGCAGCAACAUGUUGAGCAACAGCAGCAACAUGCUGAGCAGCAGCGGCUGCUUAAGAAGCGGCAACAUGCCGAGCAAAGCAGCGCCAGGAGCAGCACUACCAACACCACCACCACCACCACCACGAGCAGCAGAAGCAACAAUCCCACUACCAGCAGCAGUCACAGAAGUAGCAGCAGCAGCAGCAGCAACAGCACCACAGCAGCAACAGCCUCGGGUCCAAGUGGCAGAACUGCCGCACAGAAAAUGGCCGAGGCGGAGCAUGCGUACCUCUCGAAUCUGUAUGGCAAGGCGGCAGCCAAUAUGCUGAGUCCGCCGCUAAGCAGCGCCCUGCCAGAGUGGAGUCUGGUGCAGCAGAAACAACAGCAACAGCAGCAGCAGCAGCGUCAGCGCAGGGCAGCGCAACUGCAGCAGCAGCAGCAGCAGCAGCAACAUGUGACAGCGGCAGCACCACCGCCAGCAGCACGCGCGCCACCGCCGCCACAGCAGCGGCACAUUAUGAUGCGACGGCAUAGCGUGUGCGCGGCAGGACUAGCUCGGCUGUCGCCCGCCUCCAGUCACACUUCCUCGGCCACGGCCUCGCCCACAUCGGCGGCAGCAGCCGCAGCCCUGGCCGCAGCCUCCUACUACGGCAAUGCAGCGGCCGCAGCGGCGGCAGCGUUCACUGCACCAUAUCAGCAUCAUCAUCAUCAUCAUGCGGCAGCGGCGGCGGCCGCCCACCAUCAUGCAGCGGCCGCGGCGGCAGCAGCAGCGGCUGCGGCGGCAGCGCAUCAUUCGCACGGUCAGCCAUCGCCGACGAUAUAUCCGCCGACGCCACCGCCAUCGGCGCCGUGGGUGCAUCCGUGGUAUGCGGGCGAUGCUCCCUUCUGAGAGCGGCCGAGAUAGAAGCCCCAACAAAUAUCCAACUGUAAAUUUGAGUUGUAGAAUUAAGCUAUUUAUUAAUUAAUCUUAAAUAUGGAUACCUAUUUUUUUUUGGAUUAGCUCUUAAGUAGGCUAACUAAAACAAUUUCUGGGCAUUAUAUGCCACUACAAAUAAUCGACACACAGGCAGACAGGCAGAGGUUGAAAGAGAGAGAGAGAGAGAGGGAGAGUGAGAGUGGGAGAGCUGCAUGGAACAGAUGGAGUGAGGUUGGAGGUUAACUAUCUUAAUGGCUACUUGAAUUUGCGCGUAGAACAUUUUCAAAUGAGAACUCAAAGAACUGAUUACAAUUUAUUAUCAAACCACACACACAAAAAUGCUAAACCACAAACAAAAAACAUAAAAAACAGAACAGAAGCCAAGCCGCCACGCAGCAUUUUUUGGCUCUCGUUUGCUCUCGACUGCGCAUUAGAUAUUCGAAUGAAAGAAAGUCCUUUUUUUUUACUAGCAAUAUUUACAUGCAUAUACAUAUGUAAAGAAAUAUUAUAUAUAAAUCCAUAUAUAUGUAAAAUAACUCGUAAAUUGUAAGCAAGAAAUUAAAUUUCUGCAACAAACUAAAUCUAAAAAGCAAAAAGAAAAAACUACGAAGGAAAACUAAACAACCAAAACUACGACAAGAACUAGAUCUAGAGCAGCGAUGCGAGAAAGUGAGUCAAGAAAUAGUAAAAUAAUAAGUAAUAAUGAGUGGCAGUGAGAAAUUGAGAGAUUCCAUUGGCUAACGAUCCUAACUAUCAGCACGCUCAUCCGAGAGUUCACAGCGGAACGUCGUGUAUUAAGAUCUAAGCAAUUUUUAUAAUUGAACCAUUUCCAAAUCUUACCAUAAACACAAAAGCUACAACUAAAAACAAAACAACUGAAGAGGAAAAACAAAGAACAAAGAACAAAAAUUAAGAAAACGAAAAACUUAAAAAAAAAACUAUGUUUAAAACAUACAAAAAAGAGAUCGAUUCGAUAGAUAGUGUUUAAGGAAGAAACAGAAAAAUACCCAUAAGAUGAUUAAGUUAUAUACAGACUGUAUAUGUACAUAAAUAUUUGUGUGAAAUAUUUGGAAUAUCCGUUUUAUGGAUUUAAUCAACUUUAAUUUUUUUUUUAUUUGCUAAGAUAAUUAAACAUAAACUAUUAUUAUUAUCAUUAGGCAUUUGAUUGAAAAUAUUUAUUUUAUUUUAUUCUUUCAAUUCCUUCCCAAACAAAAAACAAAAACAUUAAUUUGUGCUGUUAUUAAAAUAUCUGGGCGCUUUGUUUAAAUCAUUUGUAUUUUCGUAUUUACGCAAGCCCACAGACAUCUACUCAAAGAGCGCUACCAGAACACAGAUUGUGGGCAAUUAAGCUGGAACUAUGUAAAGCCUAUGAUUACAUACAUUAAUUAUGUUAAAAAAUGUACAGAAUAUGUACAGUUUGUUGAGAAAUCCGUAAAAGUAUUUAACCAUUUGUUUAUGAUUUAUUUUUAUUUUUAUUUUUGCCAGAGCAGAUAGAAA